UAUGGGGCCUCCAGGACAAAAGGGUUCUGUUGGAGCACAUGGGAUUCCAGGGAUGAAUGGGCAAAAGGGUGAGCCUGGGUUGCCUGGAGCAGUGGGACAGAACGGAAUACCAGGGCCAAAGGGAGAACCUGGAGAGCGAGGAGAAAAGGGAGAUGCUGGCGAGAGUGGUCCCAAAGGUGAUGCGGGCGAAAAGGGUGACCCUGGAUCAUCUGCUGCAGGAAUUAAGGGAGAACCUGGAGAAUCUGGUCGUCCAGGGCAAAAGGGUGAACCAGGGCUUCCUGGGCUUCCUGGACUCCCGGGGAUAAAGGGUGAACCCGGUUUCAUUGGCCCUCAAGGGGAGCCAGGCUUGCCAGGCUUACCAGGGACAAAGGGUGAGCGAGGGGAGGCGGGGCCUCCUGGAAGAGGUGAGCGAGGGGAGCCUGGAACUCCUGGACCGAAGGGGAAACAAGGUGAAUCAGGAACUAGAGGCCCAAAGGGGUCAAAGGGUGACCGUGGAGACAAAGGAGACUCUGGAACCCUGGGACCAAGGGGUCCACCUGGUCAAAAGGGGGAUCAAGGAGCCACAGAGAUCAUAGACUAUAAUGGCAACCUCCAUGAAGCCUUGCAGGCAAGUGACUGCUCCCUGCCACAGACAGUGACACUGAUGAGCAUAAAUAUCAUCAGCUCCAUACCCCCCAGGGACUCCAGAGGGCUCCACUGCUCAAACCACACCCUCUUCCUGUUCUGA